CUCAAUAUAAGGACAUUUCAUGUCCUGUUGGUCUUUGGCUAAUCAUUUCAAGAACUAAUUUGAACUACAAGUGCCGCACAACUAAAGAGUUCUGAUGUCUUUUUAUUGAACUGUUGAGAACGCACAACACCAGCAGUUUCGAGUUGGUCCUCUCAUGGUGGAAAAGCUUACUAACUUUAUACUGCUACCAGUGGAGGCCUAGCCUAUAACCAACUCUUUCACAUCCACCAGUAAAACCAGAUCACCAUCUUCCACUGCUCCCACUAGAGCUACUGGUGCAUUUGGAUCUGUACUGUGGACCAGUGAGUGUUUGGCGGGUAAAUUCUUUGGACUGAAUCGGAGAUGGGAGGAGGCUUGGAGGGGGGCAACCGCGGCCCGAGCUACACAGUGACUUGCGAGGACUACGUGCACGUGGUGGAGUUCAGUCCCUUUGAGUCGGGAUCGGCUGGCUCGCUGCUUGCCUACGGGGGAAACUUGUUUGUGGUAGUGGCAGUGUGUCGCUUCCAGGAGGAGGACUUGGAGGUGGAGGGCCUGGAGUUUGACACCCUGCGCGUGUUCCAUCACGGGGUACGCAUCGACACUCUGGCCUGGAGCCCUGAGUCACGUCUGGACAAAUUGCCCCAGGUCAUCAGAUUUUGCACUGCAGCUGCUGACAGUAAACUGAGACUGCUAACUUCUGACCUGAAGGACAGCCAUGAAGUAAAGGAAAUAGAGGGCCAUACCAGCUACAUCAAUCAUUUGGUUUUUGAGCCCACUGAAGGCAAGCAGAUUGCAUCAGUCAGCGAUGAUCACACUUGCAGGGUUUGGGAUCUGGAUGGCAAUGAGACUGCACUAUUCAAACUUCGCUCGCCUGGCAUGAGUGUGUGCUGGCACCCGGCCGAAGUGCUAAAGUUGAUGGUGGCGGAGAAGAAGGGCACUAUCCGUUUCUACGACCUGGUGUCCCAGCAGGCCAUCCUGUCUCUGGACUGUGGGCAGAUCCCGCUCAUGUCGGCCGACUGGUGCCUUGCCAAUUCCAUCAAGGUUGGAGCCGUCGUGGGCACAGACUGGGUCAUAUGGGACGUCACCCGCUCUAGUUACCCCCAGAGGAAGAAGCCGUGCCAUGUAGACCGCGCUCGGCUCUUCAGGUGGUCGAGGGCCAAUGAGAAUCUUUUCUCCACCACUGGGUGCCCUGGGAAGAUUAGUAGCCAGCUGCUGGUCCACCACCUCAGCCAUCCACAGCCUGUGAUGAUUGGUUCAUCCACUGUUGGGGGCGGGCUCAGCUGGCACCGCAGCCUACCACUAUGUGUGACAGGUGGCGACAGGAAGUUGUCGUUCUGGAUGACUGAAAUGUGACCAAUAACAAACUGGAAGUUACAAGAAGACCUGGUGAUUUCAAAACAACUAACUGCACUACGAAUUGAUAAAGAUAGUCUAUUUUGAUAAGCACUCUCUGUUUUUGUGUCUUU